GCACAAGUUAGGCUUUGGCGGAACCCUUUCUCGGGCGAUCAACGUUUCAACCGUUGACUUUAUACAAGCCUGAUAGACUGUCACCUGGUCCCUCCCAGAGCUAAGCCUCGUAGCAUGUCAUUGUUGCAUUAUCUCAGUUAUGCUGCUAUGGUUGCUGCUUUGGCAUUCAUGACACUUUCACUUGCUAGUGGUCUGCUGUAUGUCUCCGAGCUAAUAGAGGAGCAUUCACGCCUUGCCAAGAUCAUUGGACAGCGGGGGACAUAUGCAAUAAUAGUGCUGCACAUUGCACUCUACAUUUCCGACUCCCUCCCCUUAGCACAGACACUUUUUUCUGUAGUCUGCCACGUCGUCUACUUGCAGAACUUCUCCAGCACUUGGCCGCUUAUUUCGCUCUCGUCCUUGUCCUUUAUUGCGUCCUGCAUUUUUGCAAUCUCGGAUCACUUCAUUUGGUUCUUCUACUUCUCCCACCUCACACGGGAGGCAAGGCAGGUGUCACAUCUAUAUCGUACUCCGACACAUUCUACAGUACCUGGAUUCUCGGAUAUUGCAACCUUUUUCGGGGUCUGCGUUUGGCUCGUCCCGCUCUUCCUCUUCUUGAGUUUGAGUGCGAACGACCAUGCCCUGCCUACAUCAUCUGGCAUACCCAGCACGCCGACCGCUACCUUGCGAACGUUGGGGCCUCAUUCAAACUCGUCUCUAUUCAAGGCGAUGUUUGGUCUCAUUCCGUUUCUUCCCAAGGCAUUCAGGCGUGAAGCGACGGAUGGGCUGAUAGCUCCGCAUACCCCCAAUCCUACACGUCAGGAAAGCUUGCCUGUGCCUCCAUCACCAACAGUUUACCACGUACCUCUUCACACAUCUGGAGGAGUUCACGCUGUUAGCGGGACUGGUGUAUUGCCUCCCAAUCGAUUUAGCCUUGGUUCGCCACCACGGCGGGCGUCCAAAGUUCACACAAGAGUCACCAUUGACAGUGGAAACGCGACAUUAGCAGCAAGAAAUAAGCUAGACUGACACCAUGUACGUUGCAUUGUCAUCUUCUCGUAUGAUCAGUGCGCUGUUCAGUGACGCCUCACGUCCAUCGGGCUCUAGGCUAGUUAGUAUGCCAUCGCCUUGCGCUGAUCUCCACCACUUUGAUCUCGCAGCAACAGUAAAUAGUCCUAA